AUGGAGUCUCGUUUUCUCACCUUUGUUUGUGCGCUUUCAUUUGCAGCUUUUUCCUCUCAGUUUGGCAUCCCAGACUGGGAUGAUCUUGUUGUGGUUAGAGAGGGCAUGCCCACCACCUUAGUCUGCACUGAUAACAUUUUGAGGGGGGCCGUGGCUAUUAACUGGUUGGUGAAGCCAGCUGGUGGGAAAGACUGGAAACUAGUUCUGUCAGCCAACGAGAGGAAAGAGUUCUCUGGACGGGCCUCGAAGGCAUCCAUGCGACUGACUGACCCUAACUUUCAAGACAGCGGGAAUUACUCCCUGUUCCUUCUUCCCAAAAUGGAGGACAGCGGCUACUACUCAUGCUUGAUAAAGCAACAAAAGUGGAAGCUAAAGGAGAGGAUUAUCCUCUUAGCUGUCCUUACAGUCACAAUUGAGCCUGCUGUACCCAUCCUCCAGAUGAGCACCCUACGGCUGACAGCCAGUGUUAACCCUGCACUUGCCAUCACCAAGAUCACCUGGAUGGCACCUGGAAACAUUCCCAUGAAGAGUGAGAGCACAAAAAAGGGCAUCAAGGCCAAACUGCCAAGGAUGCAGAGCAGUGACAAAGGGGCCUAUGUGUGUGAGGUUCACCCGCUGGCCAAAAGCAGCAUCCCUCUUUACCGCUUCAAUGUGGACGUGACUGUGGCUGACGAAGUGCUCCCAGCCGACAAUAUAACAUACGCCGAUUUGGUCUCCACCGCCACUCAGGCUGGCACACCUGUCCCCCUGACCUGUCACGUUGACCAGGGUGAUUACGUCAAAGUGUUCUGGAAACCCCCAGACAUUUAUGAUCAUUUGAGGUUGGUGUAUCAGUACGACCGCUGGAGGGGCUCCAUUGAGUUGACUGAGAAAAGGGACAGACUCCAGCCUGCAGGGUCCCCCUAUAACGCAGACACCGGGAGCUUCUCCUUUCUUCUAACCCCUUGGUUGAACGAUGGCGGCCUCUACAGCUGUGACGUUUACAUUGAUGACCACGCCUACAGCCAGAGGACCCAGCUCACCGUGCUGAAAGUUGCAGUCACAAACUCCUCCAAAGGGCUUGAGUUGAAAUGCAUAUACAACGAGCGAACCAAUGUCCGCAGUGCCAAAUGGAAACACCAGAACAAGGGUCGAGAACUGAACAUUAGAACCAAGAGCCCCGGCAGCAUCUUCAUCAUACUGCCCUUACCCAUCACCUCUGACACAGCCGGGGAGUACACCUGCGUUCUACAGCUGGUAAACGGGCAGACAGUUUCCGCGAAGCAUGUGGUCUCUAAAGGUCGGACAGGUGGUAAAGUAUCUCAAAUAGUGGCUUGUGUUCUGAUUUUCUUUACCAGAAGUGUAUUAUAUCAUUUGAACAUGAGUCCAAGCAGGUUUUCUGUCAGCUUACUGGAGAUAAUGAACCAUGAAUGUGGAUGCUUUUCCGAUAUGUGUUUCAUGAAGCAUUUUACAGGGCAUUCAAGCCAACCUCAGGCCAAUUCUUCUGCCUGGAAAUCAGAUGUCAAGGGAGUGUUCAUGGACAAGCCUCUCCUGAAUUUACCUACUCCACAUUCAAAGGCAGAUAAUGAGAAAGAGAGUGUGCCCCCCCCCACCCUGCUCCCCUCUCUUUCUGCUUUAUUACUCCUGGUGCCCCUGGUUGCUGCGGCUGUCGGUGUGUUGCUAUGGAGACAGAAACACAUUUCUGAUCGCGGUAUCGAGCCGUCUCUGUCUGUCUACUCUGGCGAAGUAGAGAACAUCUAUGAGAAUCCUGAGGAUACCCGACAGGCUCCUCCCCAGGGUUCAGUCUACAUGGAUUUGAAGCCAAGAGGAGAGGAUGAUGUCUAUAAGGAACUGGAGCGAUGCGAACAGUGUCAGGGCUGAUCACCUACCCACAUCUCAUCCUCAUCUGGCUGUCAUAACUGCUUGAUUUCCCAGCUGCAGCAGAGGGCCUUUUUAAACGGAAGUAACAACUGAAUGUCAGAGUUGAAAUGUGACAAAAAAUGUAAAUGCUUUAGAGCAUUUAGAUAUUUUUUUUAAAAGUUAUUUAAAAAUAGUACAUUUUACCCAUUAUAGUAAAACAUAUAGACAAAAAAAGUAGCUAAAAUUGAAAUAAAACCUUUAACAUAGAAAUGGUAAUGAUUUUCUGGCUUCGUUUUCGCCAGAUGACUCUGGCAAAAGUUGAGGGUUAGUGAACAGGUAAUUAUCAAAGGCAUCAGUAGGAGUAGGUGAAUUCAUAAAGGCACAGGAAACACAGCCACAUGCUCAUAUAAGUAGACACAUUUUCUGCAGACCAGCUAAAUGAAGCAACAUUAAAUCACUUUGAGGGACAGUGGGGGUCACGAGUCUUUGACAGCUAUAUUUAGGGUGUCGUGAGUCUUUGCCACCUAUAUUUUGGGGGCCACGGGCUGAAAAGUUUGGGAACCCCUGCUUUAGUGAAAUAUAACUCAAUUGUUUGCAACAUUUGAAUCCUACACUGUUGCCUUAUAAUAGUGCUUUGUCACUGAUGUGUUUAAAUGUCAUGUUAAAGGAAGUUAACUGGAUAAAGGUGAAAUAUUUUCAUUGAGAAAUAGUAACCACAUCCCAUAUGUGUGGAAGAUAUUUCAUAUGCCUGUUUUCUGUUUUUUUCACUGCCUAUAGUUUGUUGUAUUUUCUUUGCAUUUGGUAUUGA